CUCUCUUUCUCGUUAGCUCCUAACCAUAACCACCCCAAACUAGCCCAGAUCUCUCUCUCUCUCUCUCUCUCUCUCUCCCCUCUAAAAGAGUAGGAGUAAAUGCAAACGGUGCCAAGCCUGGCAAAAGCCACCCCUACGCUGCUACGCAUUUACUUUCCCUCUCUGUCUCCGUUACUGCAAAGUGCAUAAUAGUAACUGCGUAUUUACGUACUUGGGUUUCCAUCGAAAGUACCCACACUCUCAGAGGCCAAAUCGGGGAGAUAGAAACAAAACUCUGCGAUUGAAAAGAGGAAAAAGUACAAAAAGUUUUCGAAGGAAAAGGAGAUAACAGAGCAGAGAGACGACGAAGAAGUAGAAUAAUUCACAGUAGCCGAAAAUGCUCGAGACCAUCAAGUACCUGGUCGGGUCGGCCGGCGCGAGCGGGUACGGCUCCAAGUCCACCGCCGAGCAAGUCACGGAGACCUCCCCCGAUCUACGCUCCGUCACCGCCAUCAUUACUGGCGCCACGUCAGGGAUCGGAGCUGAGACUGCUCGAGUUUUAGCCAAGCGCGGUGCGCGGCUUGUCCUUCCAGCUCGUAGCCUCAAGGCUGCAGAGGACGCCAAGGCUCGGAUAGUAUCGGAAUUUCCUGAAUCGGAGAUCAUCGUUAUGGCUCUUGAUCUCAGUUCUCUAAAUUCAGUUCGGAGCUUCGUCGCACAGUUCGAGUCCCUCAAUUUGCCUCUCAAUCUCCUCAUAAACAAUGCCGGGAAGUUCACACACGAGCACUCAAUCUCCGAGGACGGAGUAGAGAUGACAUUCGCGACGAAUUAUUUAGGUCACUUUCUAUUGACGAAGCUGUUACUGAAGAAAAUGAUCGAAACCGCGAAUGCCUCCGGCAUACAAGGACGGAUAGUGAACGUGUCGUCGAGCAUUCACGGCUGGUUUUCCGGCGACUUAAUUCGUUCUCUGGAGCGGAUAACUACAGAUAGGAGUAUUUAUGAUGCGACACGCGCAUAUGCUAUCUCGAAGCUCGCUAACGUUUUGCACACCAAGGAACUCGCUCAGAUACUCAAGGAAACGAAGGCAAACAUUACGGUGAAUAGCGUACAUCCAGGUAUAGUGAGAACUCGACUCACCCGGGAACGCGAAGGCCUCAUUACAGAUCUCGUAUUCCUCUUGGCUUCCAAGCUAUUGAAGACAAUUCCACAGGCUGCUGCGACAACUUGCUACGUCGCGACUCAUCCAAGGCUUGCAGAUGUGACUGGAAAGUACUUCGCGGAUUGCAAUGAAACUUCGCCAUCAAAAUUGGGCUUGAGCCGAAACGAAGCCGCUAGGCUGUGGUCCGCAUCAGAGAUCAUGGUUUCCGGCGAUGCGAGAGCAGUUUUUGAUAAAUUGUAAACCACAUACAUACCAUACAUAUAUAAACUUACAGUAGUAGAGAAAAACAAGUGAAGAUAUUUGCUAAUUUAGAAGUGUGAACAGGGGAUAAAAGGUGGUAUAUGUUUCUCUUUUUGUGUGUGUGAGUACCAAAAAUCGUAUUAGAAAUACUAGCCCGUUUUACAAAAAGGAAAAUUCUACAUUCAGUAAUAGACUGACAAUAAUAAGUGUGUGAAUGUAUAUUAAAAGAUGAAAAUUCUUUGUUUUUUGUUCGACGAAUCGACGGUAAGAGAUGUAUGAGCCAGUUUAUGCGUAGCUCGAUUGAUCUUCUUUUCGGUAUAGUCUAGGCUAUUUAUGCCGAGAUUAGAAGAUUCGUCAGAAAUUUCUUUCUUGUAACCUGAUGCUUGAGUCGAAUGGUAUUUGAGGCAUCUAUUUCUA